CCUCGGGGGCUGGCGGGGUGAGCGCUCGGUGUAACGAAAGCUGUCGCUUCCUCAGACCGCUCCCUGCCCGCGGGACACCCACCGAGCUUUGCGCUUUGGUGUCCUUGCACCUGGGGAAACAGGAGGUGGCUCCUUCAUUCCUGGCAGGGACACCCCCGCUCCUCUGUCGCAUCCGCUCUCAACUCCUCGCUCUCCACAGCUCACCCUCUCCAGACCUGCCCUGCCCGGCAGCGUUCGAAGCGGACCCCUGUGCCCAGCCCGGCUGACGCUGAUCCCGCGCCUCCAGCACCGCUGGGCAGCCUCUGCUGAACAGAAUGUCUCAGUGGUAUCAGCUACAGCAACUUGAUUCCAAGUUUUUGGAGCAAGUCCACCAGCUAUAUGAUGACAGCUUUCCUAUGGAGAUCAGGCAGUACCUGGCACAGUGGCUGGAAAACCAGGAUUGGGAACAUGCAGCCAACAAUGUAUCAUUUGCUACACUCCUAUUCCAUGACCUGCUGUCACAGCUUGAUGAUCAAUUCAGUCGAUUCUUGAUAGAAAACAACUUUUUGCUGCAGCACAACAUAAGGAAAAGCAAACGUAAUCUUCAGGAUAACUUCCAAGAAGACCCAAUACAUAUGGCAAUGAUCAUCCACAACUGUCUGAAGGAAGAGAGGAAAAUACUGAACUCUGCCCAGGCAUGCAAUGAGAUGGAAGUAGGGAGUGUACAGAACACUGCAACUGGGAUGCCAGACAAGCAGAAGGAGCUUGAUGCCAAAGUUAGGGCUGUAAAAAGCAGUGUUACAGAUGUGGAGCAGGACAUCAAGACAUUAGAGGAUAUGCAAGAUGAAUAUGACUUCAAAUGUAAAACCCUGCAGAACAGAGAGCACGAGUCCAAUAGUAUGUCUCAGGAGGAAUACAAGAAAGAGCAGCUGAAUCUCCAGCACAUGUUCUUAUCACUGGACCUCAAGAGAAAGGAGGUGGUGAAUAAGAUAGUGCAGCUGCUGCAGAGCACAGAGCACACACAGGCUGCCCUCAUUAACGAUGAGCUGGUGGAGUGGAAGCACAGGCAGCAGACAGCGUGCAUUGGUGGGCCACCCAACGCCUGCCUCGACCAGCUGCAGAACUGGUUCACCAUUGUUGCUGAAAGUCUGCAGCAAGUUCGUCAGCAGCUCAAGAAGCUUGAGGAACUGGAACAGAAGUUCACCUACGACCCUGAUCCCAUCACAAAAAAUAAACAAUUUCUGCAGGACCUAACACACAAGCUUUUCCAGCAGCUCAUUCAGAGCUCCUUUGUGGUAGAGAGGCAGCCUUGCAUGCCAACACAUCCUCAGAGGCCACUAGUCCUGAAGACAGGAGUGCAGUUCACUGUGAAGCUGAGAUUACUGGUGAAACUGCAGGAACUGAACUACAACUUGAAAGUGAAAGUUUUAUUUGACAAAGAUGUAACUGAGAAGAACUCGGUCAAAGGGUUCAGGAAAUUUAAUAUUUUGGGAACAAACACAAAAGUAAUGAACAUGGAAGAAUCUACUAAUGGAAGUCUUGCAGCAGAAUUCAGACACUUGCAACUGAAAGAACAGAAAAACACAGGGAGCAGAACAAAUGAGGGUCCUCUGAUUGUGACAGAAGAGCUUCACUCUCUGAGUUUUGAGACACAGCUGUGCCAGCCUGGUUUGGUAAUAGAUCUAGAGACCACAUCCCUUCCCAUUGUUGUGAUCUCAAAUGUGAGCCAGCUUCCCAGUGGAUGGGCUUCUAUCUUGUGGUUCAACAUGCUGUCUACUGAUCCCAAGAACCUGUCCUUCUUUCUGAAUCCACCUUGUGCAAAGUGGUCUAAGCUUUCUGAUGUUCUGAGUUGGCAGUUUUCUUCUGUAACAAAGAGAGGACUUAAUACAGAUCAGCUGAGCAUGCUGGGGGAGAAGCUUCUUGGGCCAACAAUUGGAGCAUCUCAGGAUGGCCUUAUUCCUUGGACAAGAUUCUGCAAGGAAAAUAUAAAUGAUAAAAAUUUCCCCUUUUGGCUGUGGAUUGAGGGAAUCCUGGAGCUUAUUAAGAAGCAUCUCCUGUGUCUCUGGAAUGAUGGCUGCAUUGUGGGCUUCAUCAGCAAAGAGAGAGAACGUGCUCUGCUGAAGGACCAGAGCCCAGGAACAUUUUUAUUGAGAUUCAGUGAAAGCAGCAGGGAGGGAGCAAUCACCUUUACCUGGGUAGAGGAAUCUCAGAAUGCAGAGCCCCAGUUCCACUCGGUAGAGCCCUACACCAAGAAGGAGCUCUCUGCCGUGACCUUCCCCGACAUCAUCCGCAAUUACAAAGUGAUGGCAGCCGAGAACAUCCCCGAGAACCCACUGAGGUUCCUGUACCCCAACAUCCCCAAGGACAAUGCCUUUGGCAAGUACUACUCCAGGCCUAAGGAAGCACCAGAGCCAAUGGAUUUGGAUGGUCCCAAGGGAACUGGCUACAUCAAGACUGAGUUAAUCUCUGUAUCUGAAGUGCACCCCUCCAGGCUGCAGUCUCCAGAAAACCUGCUGCCCAUGUCUCCCGAGGAGUUUGAUGAGGUGUCUCGCAUGGUGGGCCCCGCCGAGAUCGAUACUGUGAUGUGUACACACAUCCAGCUCUGAGCUUUGGCUGAGCUUUCCCUGUGUCACGAGCACGGCCCAUCCCCUUCACGCCUCCUGUGCUGCACUCAGUGCCUUGGGGACAACGCUUCCUUCUUUGGUUCCUCAGCCUCAAGGUCCAGCAGCAGUUUUAGCUGAUGGGAAUACCAACAGCAGCAGCCUGAGCAGCCUCCUUACAUGCAUGUCUUUGUUUAAUUAGCAAGAUACCGUGCACAUCUUUGUUUAUUUAGCAAGAUACUGUGCCAGAGUGGAGGAAGAGGAAGGUGAGAUUGUGAGCUCCUCAAUGACAGUGAUGGCAGAAACAUGCAUUCAUUGUUUGAAGAAAUUAGUUAAAAGUUUAAAACAGUUACCUGUACAUAGAAGGCAUCAAAGAAAAGCUGGUUGUUUUGCAGAGGUUCUGUUCAGAAAGCUUACACCUUGAAUUUUUGUCUGCAUCACAAAAGGAAAACGCUCUACACAUACCAUGCCACACCAAAUCCAUGUGCUGCUGGUUUGUUGUGCUUUUAAGCUCUUCUGGGCAGGCCCAUGGAGAGAGCAGAAGCCCAAAAUGUUACAUGCAUUUCAUUUACACAAUUUUCACAAGGCAUAAUCUUGUGUAGGACGUUGAGCACAGUCUUUCUCAAAAAAAGCAUUUCUUAGGACACCACCUUCAAGCUGCAUUGGCACAUGCUGAGCUUGGAACCCAAGGUGCAUAAUCAAGACUAAAGCCUCUGCAGACUGCAGUCAUCAGACAGAAUCAGAACCUCCUCUUAGAGGACUGCAAAAGGGAUUGACUUAUGAUUUUAUUUACUGUGCCUGAUCUGCCAAGGUGAGGAUCUGGUCACCCCUAUCUUCUGCAAUAAUAUAGACCCCACGUAGGUUAUAACAGGUGGAACAGAACUCAGUUUUCUCAUGCAUCAUGAACCAGGGCAUUUAUUUAACUGUUAAUUUGAAUAGCUAAAACACUUUACAGGUUUUGAUAAUGAGGUGGUUUUGUAAUUAGGGGUAAGGCACAGGAAAGUUAAAAGAAGUUAAAGUUUAUGCAGAGCACUGGCUGCAGGAUAUGCAGUCUGCAGUCCUUAAAGGAUGAAGCUGUGCUUCCAGCAGAGGAGGAACAGGUUGGUUUCUCAGCACCUUUGAAGGCAAUUAACAGCUCUCAGUUGAGAGGCAAGGCUGUUCAGGCAGUUGUGUCUCUCUGAGGGUCCCUGUUAGUGCAGGCUGCUCAUUAGCAGGGAGCUGAGCAGAGGGGCUGCAGAGCCCUCGUGCUGCACCCCCCUGCCCAGGUACAGGGACACUGCAGGGCCCUGCCUGAGCAGGGCUUGGGCAAGGUGACCUCCAGAGGCCCCUCCAGACCCAUCAGCUGCUGUGACAUCUCAUGUGCCCCCUGAAAAAGCUUUCUAGAAAAAUUAAAGGACCUAGAGCAUGUAACACCAGCACAUAUUUAAAAGAAAGCAUUGCAAACUGACUUAUUUUGGUGCCCUGAGUUACUGGGAUUAACAGUGCUACAGGAAAUGACUUAAUGCUUUUAUCUUACUGUAACAGCUGGAUGUGUAUCUGUUGCUAAUACAAAAAUCAAGUUGUUUUUUGAGCUAUGCUUUGUAUUCAUGUUCUACAAGCCAUUUUAAUCUUCAGUUUUGUGGGACUUAAAGCAGUGGCCUUAUUCACAGCUUGGUCUUUCCAUAGCCAAUAGUUCUAGAAGUGACUUUUCCUCAAUGGAAUAUUCUUUUAUGUAUUUUAAAUAAAAGGAACUGUCAGUUGCCACUUCUUGUCCUCUCUCAUGUUUUGGUUACUUCUAUGAUAAAGUGGAUGUGCCAGUCUGUAUUUUACUACUCUGUAUCUCAUUUUAAAUUUGUUUGUGCAACUAAAGAGUUACAGCUCUGAAGCCUGAGGCAGUAUCCAUGCUUUUAAUUCUCUGCAUUUUGGCAGGUCUGUCUGCACUGGAGUUAUUAGAAGGUGGCUGUUACCUUUUUUUAUUACUGCUUGUAUCCCUUCAUUCAUUUGUUUCCAUCCCCACACAACCUUCAAUAAACUGAACUUGAAUUUCUAA